GAACUCUUAAUUGGUCCGAAUGGGUCGCGAGCGUAUGAGCUGUCCAGGCUCUUGUCUGCGUUCUGGACUGCAAGCUAGGGAAUAACCGGUAUGUAUAGUUAGCUAAUUGUGAACGUUUUAGUUUUAAAUAUUAGCCCUCAGGUCGAAAUGGACGCUCUCCUCUCCCUACUCUUCUCCUCGGAGGAAGAGGAGCUGUACAUGUUGGACCGCAUGGCUUACCUCAUGUUUUUAAUGGCAGCCUGCACUUUUAUUACUUUGCUGUUUGAAAAUGUUCCUUAUGGGCGGUAUGCUACAAGCAAGUAUGGAUUUCCAGUUAACGCCAGGUUCGCCUGGUUCGUCCAGGAGCUGCCAGCCUUACUGCUCCCUCUGUGUUUGCUACUCUGGACAUCUUCUUCUAAGACGUCAUUACUACCUAAUCAGCUCCUCAUUGCCAUGUAUUUCCUUCACUAUGUCCAGAGAGCCUGCAUUUAUCCAUUUUUAAUCAGAGGAGGGAAACCGACACCGUUCGCUUCAUUCGCCCUGGCCUUUGUGUUCUGCUGCUAUAAUGGCUUCAUGCAGAUCAGGUACCUGAGCCAUUAUGCUGAGUACCCAGCAUACUGGGUUACACAUCCAUGCUUCCUCAUUGGCUCGGUACUGUGGUUCGUUGGCUGGUUUAUAAAUGUACAAUCUGACCACAUCCUUAGGAACCUGAGAAAGCCCGGAGAGACUGGAUACAAGGUUCCCAAAGGCGGCAUGUUCGAGUACGUGUCUGGGGCCAACUUCUUGGGCGAGAUAACAGAGUGGGCUGGCUUCGCUCUGGCUGGUCACUCUGUUCACAGUGCAGCCUUCGCCAUCUUUACCGCAGUGGUCCUCGCUAGCAGAGCUGUGGCCCACCACAAAUGGUACCUUGCCAAGUUUGAGGACUACCCUAAAAGCAGGAAAGCAUUGAUUCCCUUUCUGUUCUAGAAAACUGGACACCUCGAAAGCUCACUCUAGGUGUGAAGACGCAAUAGUUAAAAGUCACCAUCUCAGAAAGGUUUUUUUUUAUCAUUUCUGUUACAUUGUUAAUAACAUCACAAAGCACCAAGGAACCUCAACAAGCAUGGACUGAAUGUGCUGGAAGUGUUGCGUUUGCAGGAGAGGCGGCAUUCAGCUCUCCUCCAGAGUAAAUAAAGAUUGUGAAUGGAGUAGCUCCAUGGUAAUACAUGGGAUUUAUGACACUCUACAUCAGCAGUAAACAGCUUUAAGACUCUCCUCCUGAUCUGCAUAUUCUAGCAGUUGGAACAUAAAGUUGGAAAUGCAAAGCAGACAUUUAAAAUGUUCAUUUUAACCUCAAGACUCAGUUGUUGCAAAUCUUUUUAAUGUCCAUUCACAUCAAAUAGAUGAGUUCUGAAUUAAGUAGAACAUGUUUUCUGCUGGACUUUGCUCUGGGUGUCAUCUACUGACCUCAUCAUCUCAAAGUCCUGAAAAAGAAGCAACUUUGUGAAUAUAACUGCAUAUCUGGACUUAAAAAGACUGAGACUUGCAUCAGGCCUGUCCCCCACUCAUGGACUGCGGGGACAGAGAAUGGAGAUCAAGCACAGGCGUCAAUAAGUCACCCAUGCCUGAAAUUAGAAAAUAAGAGUUGCCCCAAAACAUGCCCCGUGCUGGGAGUUUCUCAGAGAGAUGGUGAAGAAGUGGAGAAGAAAUGAGAGAAAAAUAUUGGGCAGGUGAAAGCAGGAGGACAACGUGUGCUGAAUGAAUAAAGCUGUGCGAGAUGUGUUUUUGAAGGGACGGAGAAAAACUGGAAGUAAAGACAGGAACAGGAAAUAUUGGACUCGUCUCUUUCGCUCCAUUACUGUUUCAUUUUUGUUACCGUGAGUCAUAAUCUUGUCAGUGUAAGUUAAGACUUUUCUUAAAUCAUGUCAUGCUUU